AUGACCUAUCUGUGUACGGUUCCAUGGCGUCCUUUGGUUGAAGGUCAUAGCAUCAUAUUGCCGUCGGGGCAUUAUUCAUCGACUGUUACAUUGGACGAAGACGUUUAUGAUGAAAUGCGUAUUUGGAGAAAAGGUCUCGUUGCAAUGUGGAAAUCGCAAGAUAUGGAUUGUGUAUUUGUUGAAAUGACAAAAAAUGACAAUUAUAUUGGACAUACUUUUAUUGAGUGUAUUCCAUUACCAAUCGAGAUUGGUGAAACAGCGCCAAUUUACUUUAAGAAAGCAAUAAACGAGAGUGAAGGGGAAUGGUGUGAUAACAAAAAAUUGAUCGAAUUGAGUAAAUAUAACGGCGAUAUUCGUAAAAUUAUUCCCAAAGGCUUCUCGUACUUUUCUAUCGAUUUUGGUUUACAACCCGGCUACGCACAUGUUAUCGAAGAUCAUAACAAGUUUCCCACGAACUUCGCUCACGAAAUAAUUGGUGGUAUGUUGGAUUUGGAUCAUAAGCGCUGGAGAAGGCCAGAAAAGAUUGGAACUGAUGAGCAGAAAAAAAAUUGUGAUCAUUUGAAGAAACUGUGGAAUCCGUUUGACUGGACCGAAAAAGUGAAGCAAUCAAUAAAUCAGUGA